AUGUCGGCCACAAGCAGCGCGGCGCAGUCCACAGGCACCACGGGCGCCGGCUCCGCCCAGCGAAGAGAAAACCAGAGCAUUGAGAACUUCGCCGCCUCGCUAUCUACUGCCACUGUCAUUUUCGGCGCGCAGAUUGCCAUCUUCUUGAUCCUCAGUGGCAACUGGAAGCUACACAAGACAAGGUCCCAACAGCUCAAAGACGACCAAAAGAAUGGCGGAGUGUCGCGACAGAGCCUGUUCUACAAGAUCUAUUAUUACAAGACCGCCUUUGUGCCUGUCGCAAAGCGCAUUGCAGCCCCCGUGACCGCAAUCGAGUCGUUCAAGAAAGUCUUCACAAUCAGCGACUCCGAGCUCAUUCGCGUUGCCGGUGUCGAUGGCUACCUCUUCCUCCAAUACCUGCAGCUUCUGCUCCGUAUCUUUAUCCCCAUGGCUCUUGUUAUUCUGCCCAUCCUCCUGCCUCUGAACCGGAUGGGCGAUGUCGACGACGUGUCUGGCUUGGAUUCGUUCGCAUGGCCCAACGUGGGCGUACCAGGGAAACACAAUCGACUUGUUGCGCAUCUGAUUCUUGCCGUCUUGGUGAUUUGUUGGGUCUGUUUCAACUUUUACCUGGCGCUUAGGCAGUUCGUCCGCCUGAGGCAGUCUGUCCUCACACGACCAGACCAUCGCAUCCGAGCUUCUGCUACCACUAUUCUUGUCCAGAGCAUUCCUAAGAAGUGGCUCACUGUCGCAGCUCUUGAUGCACUCUACGACGUCUUCCCCGGCGGUAUCAAGGAUAUCUGGAUCAACCGCGACUAUGACGAACUCAUGGAAAAAGUCGAGGAGCGAACCAAGAUAGCGCGAGCCCUUGAAGCUGCCGAGACAAACCUGAUUAUCGAAUGCACAAAGAAACACAAGAAGAUGGAAGAAAAAGCAGCAAAGGAGGCAGGCGAGAAGAAAAAGUCAAAGAAGGAAAGGAAACAGGACGAAGCCAUACGGAAUGAUGCUAUCAACCGAGAGACUGACGACCAUGGUGUGGAUGCCGGUAACCCUCACGAGAUCGAGCAGCAGCUCCAGAGUGUUCUCGCCGAGUCGGGUUCAUCUUCCUCUUCCUCUUCAUCAUCGCGAUCUUCUUCUCCCAGUCGCAAGCGCGGCCUCAUACCCAUUCCUUUGCUGGGUGAGGGAAUACAUGCAGUCGGUGAGGGUUUCCGCGGGGUCGACCGUUUUAACAAAAAGGUUUACGGCAAUGUACGCGGUGUUUUCAGGUCAAAGAGUCGCCGCGCACAGCCCACGGAUCUCUCGCUAGAACAAACCCCUCUGGACGGGUCAGAUGACAUUGCGCCGUCUUCGCCAACUUCAGCAGAGUACCAACAGAGAGGUGCAAGCAGCGACACUCAAACCCCCCUCGCAAACAAAGAAAGCUACUUUUCUGAUGACCGUCCAUCCGACCCCAACUCUCCCGCCAAGGAUAUGAAAGCGCCUGCUGCCGAGGCUGACGACGAAGACAACCCCCCUGCCAAGGUUGGGUGGAAACAGCCUUUCAAGAAAACAAAGGCUAUAUACAUUGGACAGGGUGACUUUGUUAGUCCUAAGCCAUUCAAGAACAACGACGAACUGCCUAUGGAAGUCAAAGACGCCGACAAAGUCAAGUACGACACGACUGGAUUGUGGGACGAAUCUCUCGAAGAAGACGGCGAAGACGCUAUCUGGAGGAAGUACAUCAAGCCAGGCGACCGAGAUACCAUGCGCUUACCGUUGUUCAAAUGGUCAUGGUGGCCUUCUCUUCCGUUGAUUGGCAGGAAGGUAGACACGAUAUACUACAGCCGCAAAGAACUUGCUCGCCUCAACGCCGAAAUUGCAGACGACCAAGCUCAUCCAGAACGGUUUCCUCUGAUGAACUCUGCCUUUAUCCAAUUCAACCAUCAAGUUGCGGCGCAUAUGGCCUGUCAGUCUCUAAGUCACCACAUUCCCAGGCAGAUGAAUCCGCGAACUGUCGAAGUCAAUCCAAACUAUGUACUUUGGGAAAAUCUUACAAUGAAAUGGUGGGAGCGUUAUCUGCGCUUCUUUGGUGUCGUUCUUCUCAUCGUUGGACUGGUCAUCUUCUGGGGUAUUCCUGUUACCUUUACGGGAGCCUUGUCGCAGAUCGACACCCUUACCACCUUACUGCCAUGGCUGGGAUUCAUUAAUAAGCUCCCUGACUGGGUGGUGAGCUUCGUGCAGGGUGUGUUGCCCCCUGCAUUCUUGGCUAUCCUGUUCGCCGUCCUGCCUCUCGUCCUACGCUUCCUGGCUGGACUCACUGGUACAACAACACUUGGCGAGCGCGAGUUGCUUGUCCAAAACUUCUACUUUGCCUUCGUCUUCGUCCAACUGUUCCUUGUUGUAUCCAUUUCGACGGGUAUUACGACAGCGAUAGACGACCUGCUUAAUGACCCUCUGAGUGUUCCUCAGACCCUGGCUAAAAACCUGCCCAAAGCUGCCAACUACUUCUUUUCUUACAUGAUUCUGCAAGCACUCAGUAUCAGUUCUGGAACUUUGCUCCAGAUUGGCGCCGUGGUCAUCAUCAUUUUCCUCCGCUUCAUGGACACGACUCCUCGCGAGAAGGUGUCAAGGGUGCUGCAAAGACCGGGAAUCAACUGGGGUACUAUGAUACCUGUGUACACCAAUUUUGGUGCAAUCGGUUUAAUCUACUCGGUCGUGGCACCUUUGAUCUUGAUCAUGAUGUUGAUUACGUUUUGCCUCUUCUGGUUCACCUACCGAUACCAGAUGAUUUAUGUCAGUUACGCUAAGGCCGAGACUAACGGUCUCAUCUUCCCCAAGGCUGUGAACCAGCUGUUUACCGGACUGUAUUUCCUCGAGCUUUGUCUCGUGGGCUUGUUCUUCCUCCAGGAAGACGAAGCCGGCAAUCAGUCCUGCUUCCCUCACGCCAUCGUCAUGAUCAUUAUGCUCAUCUUUACUGCACUCUUCCAGAUGGUGCUCAACAGAGCGUUCGGGCCACUGUUCACAUACCUUCCAAUAACGUUUGAAGAUGAGGCAGUGGAGAGAGAUGCGGAGUGGGAACGAGCGCAGGCCAGUCGUUGGAAACAGGCCGACGAGCAUACGUCGCUCACCGCUCAAGAAGAUGCACAGUUGACAUCCGAGGAACGCGAACAAGCCGAUUCGGACGAGCAAACACCUGCUCGAAACAUGAAACGCAGUGAAUCGUCCCAGGACCCGGAAUCGUACGAAUUAAGCACCAUGGAUAGUAGGUUCGGUCGAUCACCAAGGCCGAGUGCCGCCGGCCGCAAUAACAGUUGGGCCAAGAGCUCACGCGGCGGUUCCAAACAUAAGAAGAAACAAAAGCACAAAGACCCCUUGGACGUCAUCACCCACACCCUUAGGAAAGGCCUCGACGAUGUCGCCAAGCCUAUGCGUGACGCCGAAGCACAAGUCCUCCCUGCCGGCAAUCUCUUUGAUGAGGUAGACGAUGAGCUCGCCGACAUUGAACCCGAAGCCCGACAGAAGCUGAUUAAGCGGUCUUUCCAACACCCUGCUACACGCGCCAUUCAACCCGCAGUCUGGAUACCGCACGACGAGCUGGGCGUUGCCAGGGAUGAGAUUGAGCGCACCAGUGCCUUUACUAAGCGUGUAUGGAUCACGAGUGUGAACGCGCGCCUGGACGCCAGUGGCAAUGUCAUCUACAAGGGAUUACCGCCGGAUCGGGAUCCUUUUGAGAACAUUGAGGUCUAAACUUCAUUCUUUUUAACGCGCAAACUACUUUUUUAAUAUGACGGUCCGCCACACAGAGAGAGAGAUAUAGAUGGAAUCUGCGCAUGUGUCUAUAUUUUGUCGAUUUUUUU